AUGUCUGAUCAACAGCAAGAGAAAUUGAACCAAGAUUUCCAAAAUGCCUCAAUUGAGGAUCAACAAGGUCAAGGGGCCGCACCACAGGCAUAUGUGAAUCCAGCAGCAGCUCCAAGUUUUGUUCCACAACAAGGAUAUCAACAAUAUCAAGGAUACCAAGGAUAUCAGCAAGGUGGCUACCAAAACUUCCAACCUCAAGGAUAUCAACAAUACCAACCUCAAGGAUACCAACAGUAUCAACAAGGCGGAUACCAAAACUUUAAUAAUACUAGAGGUGGAUACAGCAAUAACAGAGGUGGAUAUAAUAAUAACAGGGGUGGUUAUAACAACAACAGAGGUGGUUAUCAAAACUAUAACAGUUAUAACAACUAUAAUAACUAUAACAAUCAAUACCAACCUCAAGGUCAACCAUACCAACCACAACAACAACAACCAGCAGCUGGUAUGUCUUUGGCUGAUUUCCAAAAACAACAAUCUGCUUCUAACUUAAAUAAACCAAAGAAGACUUUGAAAUUGGCCGGAUCUUCCAGUAUUAAAUUAGCAAAUGCUACUAAAGAUGUUGCUAAAGAAGAUAAACCUAAAGCUGAAACCAAAUCAGAAACUGCUACUCCAGAAGCUCCAGCUGCUACUGAAGCUCCAGCUAAAGAAGCUGCUAAAGAAACUCCAGCUAAAGAAGCUGCUAAAGAAACUACUCCAGUUCCAUCUAAAGAAAGUACUCCAGCUCCAUCUACCAAAGAAUCAACUCCAAGUGCUAGUAGCAUGCAAAAAUCUUCUUCAAGUAAAUCAAAUAAUAAGAAAGAAUCUACCCCAACCACUCAAACUACCGACCAAUUGAUUAAAGAACAAGAAGAUGAAGUCGACGAAGAAGUUGUUAAUGAUAUGUUUGGUGGUAAAGAUCAUGUCUCCAUUAUUUUUAUGGGUCAUGUUGAUGCUGGUAAAUCUACUAUGGGUGGUAAUAUUUUAUAUUUAACUGGUUCAGUUGAUAAACGUACUGUUGAUAAAUACGAAAGAGAAGCUAAAGAUGCCGGUAGACAAGGUUGGUAUUUAUCAUGGAUUAUGGAUACUAAUAAAGAAGAAAGAAAUGAUGGUAAAACUAUUGAAGUUGGUAAAGCUUAUUUCGAAACUGAUAAAAGAAGAUAUACCAUUUUAGAUGCACCAGGUCAUAAAACUUAUGUUAGUGAAAUGAUUGGUGGUGCAUCUCAAGCCGAUGUUGGUAUUUUAGUCAUUUCAGCAAGAAAAGGUGAAUAUGAAACCGGUUUCGAAAAAGGUGGUCAAACUAGAGAGCACGCAUUAUUAGCUAAGACUCAAGGGGUUAAUAAAAUCGUUGUUGUUGUUAAUAAAAUGGAUGAUGCAACUGUUGCAUGGUCUGAAGAUCGUUAUAAAGAUUGUACUACUAAAUUAGGAUUAUUUUUAAAAGGUAUUGGUUAUGCUAAAGAAGAUAUUCUUUUCAUGCCAGUUAGUGGUUAUACUGGUGCUGGAUUAAAAGAUCGUGUUGAUCCAAAAGAUUGUCCAUGGUACAGUGGUCCAUCAUUAUUAGAAUUUUUGGAUGAAAUGAAGACUGUUAAUCGUCAUAUCAAUGCUCCAUUCAUGUUACCAAUUAGUGGUAAGAUGAAGGAUAUGGGUACUUUAGUUGAAGGUAAAAUUGAAUCCGGUCAUAUUAAGAAGAAUGGUAGUUUAUUAUUAAUGCCAAAUAGAACAUCAAUUGAAGUUGUUACAAUUUAUAAUGAAACUGAACAAGAAUGUGAUGCCGCAUAUUGUGGUGAACAAGUUAGAUUAAAGAUUAAAGGUGUUGAAGAAGAAGAUUUACAAGCAGGUUAUGUGUUAACAUCACCAAAGAAUCCAGUUAAAACCGUUACAAAAUUUGAAGCUCAAAUUGCCAUUGUUGAAUUAAAAUCAAUUUUAUCAAAUGGGUUUUCAUGUGUUAUGCAUUUACAUACAGCAAUUGAAGAAGUUACAUUUACUGAAUUAAAACAUAAAUUAGAAAAAGGAACUAAUAGAAAAUCUAAAAAACCACCAGCUUUUGCUAAAAAGGGUAUGAAAAUCAUUGCAGUUUUAGAAAUGGAAGAAGCUGUUUGUGCUGAAACUUAUGGAGAUUAUCCACAAUUAGGUAGAUUUACUUUAAGGGAUCAAGGAACCACCAUUGCAAUUGGUAAGAUUACCAAAAUUUUAAAAUAA